UUAAUACACAGAUCUUCAUCUUUCUGAAAUACUUUAUUUAAUUUAGGAGUUAAUUAAAAUAAUCUUUUUUUUUAAAUUCCGUUCACGCCUGGCUGAGUUAAACGGAACUUGUGCACAGUCUCACUAAAGAAUAAGAAUAUACAAGAUUAUUUAAAGGAGGGGGGAAAGUGAGCCAGGAUGGAUAGGUUUUGGCUGAAUGUGGUCCUUAGCCUUCUUGUGAAGGUCCCAGAAGAGGUUGGUGGAUGUUCUCAUCCAGGAUCCCUCUAGGCUUAGGUGUCCCUUUCAUAAAUUACAGGGGUUUUGUGCAGGCUACUUCUGAGAAUUAUAACUCAACUCGACUCUGAGCUGAUUCAUUACAACCUGGUUACAUAUUACUGAGCAGCUUGUGAAGAACUCUGAAUGUUUAGGUUGACACCAGGUGCUGAGGGGAUAAGCACAAAAAUGGUCCUCCAAAAUUAGUUCCAGCCAGGACUAUUCUAUAAGUAUCUAAUAAAAAUGCACACAUUUUCAUCAGCUCAGGUGAAGAAAAAGAAAGUUUAUUUGUCAGUUAACAACUUAUAAAAGUUAAGGUCAGGCAUAAUUUUUGCCUGGAAAACAAAUAGAUUUUAAUGAUUACAGCAUUUUUAUGAUAGACAUCUAUAAAUAUCAAGUUAUUAUCAUAAUCUUAGCACCAUAACAGGUUAAUAAAAGAAGUUUAGUUUUUUUUUGGGGUGUCUGUGUGUGCAGGAUUAUCAGUGAGUCUCCACUUGUUAGAUAUGAAUCAGCAACAGAGCACGGAUGUGAAACAGAAUGUAUAGAUACACUGUGUGCGUCUCUGGAUGUGGUCUUUGGCUCAUUGUGUUCUGUUCCUGCAUUCCUCCGCAGGGCAUCUUAGUUAUUGGUACAUGAAGCCUACGUACCAUCUUAUCAGUGCUGGAACAAUUUACACCCUGUUUCUGCUUUUGCAAAGAGUCAAUAUUUUAUUUACGAGGAAGAGAUGACAGAAAUACACCAAAAAGAAGGGCGAGAUCACAAUGAUGGGAUGAGUAACUUUUUACUUGUCUGCAAUCAUCAGUGAUGACAAGCAGUCACAACGCUGGUUUAUCUCAGUUUAAAUCAUGUGGGGGGUAAAAAAUGUGAGUGUAUGCAAAAUUUACCAAAUUAGAACAGCUUAUUUGCCUUUUUUUUGUUAAAUAAAAUUAAAGCUGGUGCAUCAGGGGGGUUUAAGGUUGAUGAACGCUGUUGGGCUUUGCCGGUGGGGAACUGUGAAUAGAAGGAACAUUGUGUUCAGACACACACAUGGACACACGAGUUACAUGAGUUACAUCUGAAAUGACAUCCGUGGAAUUUAAAAGACACGGGGAAGGGUGGAGCUGCUGAUGGACGGACGUUUUGGGACAUUUUUCAGGAUAAAAACUGUAUUUUUCCAUACAAGUACAAAAGUGAGGAUGCGGGGUAAAGUGAUGCCAGUCAAGACGGCUCUUUGUGGUUUCAACCUGUGUGAUGAGGAGCAUGGAAAGUGCCUCAGCAUCAUAAGAAAUCAUUUAGAAACGAUUCAAAUUCUAUUUCCUGAUCAGUAUGCAAAACAAGGAUUCUGCUGCUCAGCCUGUCGUUUAAUAAUUAGAGGUUUAUUUACAUGGUCUUCUUUUUAUGCAGAGAAGCAUCUUUUUGCUCAUUCAUGAUAUCUGCAAAGAAUGACGGACCCUUCUGUGUAAUUAACGGAAAAUAAAUCUACUAAUAAGAGCUGCUUUUAUUAAAGCGAGUUCACAGUAAAGUCUGUGUUCGCGAGGCUGCUUUCUGAUCAGUUUUGCCUUUACUGGAGAUAUUUCUUAUCUUAGUUUAUAAAGCUUCUUAUAAACAUAAAAACCAAAGCCUUUAACAUGUUUGUUGGUCCAAGAGUCAAGUGUUUAAGUCAUUAGAGUCACAUCUUGUCUCUCUUUGUCCGCCAGAUGAAAGAACACAAAGUUCUUUUCCUUUGUUUAGAUUUCCAGACUUCUCUCUUUAGAGCAAAAACAAUAAAAAUGAUUAUUAAACUGAGAAAAAUUUCUUUCUACCAGAUGAUGUGCAAGUAUACACCUAUGUUGAGUUUUAAAACGUUUUUUAAGAGAGAAUUAUUUGGUGAUUGUGGUACUUGAGAAAAACAAACAAACAAAAAAAAAAACCAAUACUGGUAAAUGCCACUUUUAUUUGUUUUGUUUCAACUUUGACCGCAGUAACGUUCCUACGAUCCAAAGCAGCUGAGCUCUGAUGAAAUGUGUUAAUGUCUCAGCUGAUUAUAACCAUCCACCAGUGUUUGCCAGCAUGCUUACCAUAGCUGCAUUACAUUUUCCUCUUCUUUGUACAAUGUCAAGGUACUGGUAGUUACGUCAGGGGUGACUUUCUUAGAUGGGAGUAAAAUGGAGCGAAUGGACGAUGAUUGCUGCUGUGAUUAAAAAGUCAACAAGCUUUAAAGGUGACAUGUUAUUCCAGUUUUUAUUGCUCUGGCAAAGCUUCUGUUGAUUUUUCCUUUUUCCACAUGGAUGUGCGAGAUGCUGGCAGCAGAUUUCUGCUCGCCUGUUGGGCUAUAUACUGAACAUUUUUGGUACAGGAACAUUUCACUAACACUAUCUGCCAAAUGCCUUUGUAUCAAGUUUUAAUGCAGGAAAUGUUGAGCUGCUUUCUAUGUUUAGCACCAGCAAAUAUUUGAAAUUAUUUUAAAAGCACUGAAAUAACGGCAGUGUGAAAAAGGUGCUACUUUGAUAUCAAAUUCUUGCUGUAGCUGCAAAAGUCUCUUUGUGCGAAAAUAAAGUAAUUUAAAGGUGCAAUGUGUAAGACUGAAGUAAAAAUGACAUCUUGUGGUUAAAUCUGGCAAUCACUUCUGUUCCAUGAGUUUCAUGGUCAUUGCCAGUUACAGGUCAGCACCAGAAGAUUGGAUGACAAGCAACUAUGUCAUAGACAGUAAAUUGAUAUAUACAUAGAUAUAUACAUUGUCAAAUCUGGUGUUAGCACUCUUGGGUGUUUUACGGUAAUAUUUUAUGGUAAUACGGUAAUAUCUCUCCGGCAUUGGAGAAUGUACAUUUAUUUGCCGUCCUGCUGCUAGCUCGCUGUUAUAGUUCUGAAAGACUCAGUUAGGAAGUAAAAUGCCAAAACUGACUCUUUAACUUCACACACAUAUUUCACUGUAAUAUCAAGUUGUUGGUAAUUGAAAAAGUAGCUUGAGGUAUUUUUAGAGCCAGCAUUUGCCUUUAAUUCACUGUUAGCAUUGUGAGCUCGUUAGCUUCUAGCCUGCUUUACCUGAUAUUAAAGUAAAACAAAAAGUUGCCGUUGUUUCUUAGGUUUACAAAAAAAUUAACUUCUGGCCGCUCCUGUUUACUGGCUUUUAACAACCAGUAUUGAAUUCUGAAUGCUGGCGCACUAGUUAGCUUGCCCCAAACAUAGAAAAUUCACAUUUAUAAACAGCUACUGCGUCCCUCUUUUGUUUUUAUUUUUAUGAAAGGAGAAAAACUGACAACCCCCAAGUCAGCUGAGAAAUGAAAUCUGUUUCAUUAAAACAGUCCUUGAUUGAGACAUUAGACUGUUUUGUGAUUGUUUCACUGUAGAAUUCUUGCAUAUUGCACAUUUAAAGCCUCUGUGCAACACUUUGUCAUAGGUUUUGUUCACACCUAAUCGUUCAUUUGACUAGAUAUUCCACAUAUAAUUCAAAUAUAAAGACUGAUCUGUUUUUUGGUAUACUAGCUAAUUCAGUAAUUAAACUGCUGCUAAUACAGAUGUUAAUGCUGGCAUAACUUUGGUUAGGACACACAACACACACACACACACACACACACACACACACACACACACACACACACACACACACACACACACACACACACACACACACACACACACACACUGGAUGAUAUUCGUGUAUUGAUCAGUAUCAGGAAGACAUGACUUUGUUUGUGAUGACAUGGCUUUUAUCAGUGCAGAGCUUGGCGGUGUGGUUAGGCCCACGCUUUCCCUGCAUGCUCAAGCCUCUCAGAGACGAGAGCAGAGAAAACAUCUGAAGGUAGCUCAGCAGGUUUAUUUUUAAUGUCAGAGAUAUUCUCAGACAUCAUUUGGGGUUUGUCAUAGAACGCAAAGUUAAUGUACUGAACAUACAGAGUGAAGAAAGCAACAUGCGCUCACUUAGAGUUAUUUAAUCACCCAAUCUGUGUAGGAAUAAGACGGUGUAUUACCCUCAAACAGCUGUAAUCAGUGCUAAUCAAGAUUUUUCCAGUACUGAGAAUGUUGUUUUCCAUUGCAAUGCAUAGAUUUUAACAUGUCUCCAUUAGCAACGAGUUAUAUAAUAUGGAGGUCAGAAACAGAAACUUGUGCUCAGUGGCUUUCAAGUCUUGUUCCACAGAAUUCAAUAACGUCAUUUACCGGUUUCAGUGACUUAAAGUGAAAACACAAGGUCAUUAAGGGAGUGUUUUACUUAUUUUGAGUAGUUUUUCCUGUAUUAUAAAAAAUUUAUAUAUAUUUCCUGUAGAUAGCUCCCUUGAACAGCCUUUGUUGAGAUAAAUAGCUUUAAGGUAAUUGAUGAGCUAAUGGCUAGUCAGAGUGCAGCUAAAACCAAAAUGUAUUGAUGCAAUCACAUCUCUCAAAUCAGCAGUUAAUGUAAAUAUUACUAUUAAACCUUCUGUUAUUAUUUAUGAGUGUAUAUCUACAGUUUCAUUAAAUCUAGCACUUUGCAGGAAUAUCUUCAUAUUUCUGCUGAAAUAAUUGCGUAACUCAUAAUUAAUGUCAGUGUAAAGCUUUAUAAAAUAGCAUAAACUUUUGAGAUUGGUGCUGUUUGGUGGUCUGUUGUUAAUGGCUGUGCCUGGACUAGCCGUUAGCCUAGCCCAGUUGUAUCAGGAAGGGUAAGGUGCAUGAUCAUUUUUACGUGAAAACAUUCUGUGAAAUGAAUAAAAAAAACCCUGUUAACUCACAGGAGCUUAGAAUAACAAACUGGUUUGUGUUUCUGUAUCUUUUUCAGCGGGAUAGUGUGAAACUCGUAGAACAAAAAUGACCACAGAUCGGUUUUUAGACAUGGACGACCAGUCAGCAGCAGCAGCUGUGUUUACUGCAAAGGGCAUCGACGUAACGCCAAACAAAGACCAAGGAGUUAUCAAGGUUGUGAAGCGUCAGGGGGACAAUGGGGACCGUCCAAUGAUCGGGGACAAAGUCACCUUACACUACACUGGAAAACUGCUCUCUGGGAAGAAAUUUGACUGCAGCCGACAGCGCAAAGAACCUUUUUGCUUCAAUGUGGGCAAAGGACAAGUCCUGAAGGCAUGGGACAUCGGCGUAUUGUCCAUGCGGAGAGGUGAGGUGUGCACGCUGCUCUGUAAGCCGGAAUACGCUUAUGGAUCUGCUGGAAAUCCUGACAAAAUUCCUCCCAACUCCUCAGUGGUGUUUGAGAUGGAGCUGCUUAACUUUGAAGGAGAGGUGCUGUCAGAGGAUGGCGGCAUCAUCAGGAGAAUAAAGGUCAAAGGUGACGGUUACAGUAACCCCAACGAUGGAGCAAAUGUCGAUGUUCACGUGGAGGGACGAUGUGGGGACCGGUUGUUUGACUGCAGAGACGUUAGCUUUACUGUUGGUCAAGGUGAAGAUAAAGGCAUUCCUUUGGGGGUGGACCGAGCUAUGGACAAGAUGCAAAAAGGAGAGUGCUGUUUACUUCAGUUAAAACCAAAGUAUGGCUUUGGAAACGAAGGUAAACCGGAGUUCAAAAUUGGACCAGACAAAGAAAUUGCAUAUGAAGUUACUCUUAAAGACUUCACUAGGGCUAAAGAGUCCUGGGAAAUGGACUUGAGUGAAAAGCUGGAAUUGACUGCUGCGGUGAAAAGCAAAGGGAAUCAGUAUGUUAAGGCAGGACGGUACCACCAGGCGGUCAUCCAGUACCAGCGCAUCAUUUCCUGGCUGGAGUUGGAGUGUGGCUCUGGAAUGGAGCAAUACAAGAAGAUCCAGGACUACGUUAUGACGGCUCAUCUUAAUUUAGCGUUGUGUUUCCUUCGGCUAAAGGAGUUCUCACAAGUGGUGGACAACUGUAACAAGGUAAUUGAACAGGAUGCGAGCAAUGAGAAGGCUCUGUAUCGCCGUGGGGAGGCCCGGCUCCUCCGCAACGAGUACAACCUAGCCUUGUUGGACUUUCAAAGAGUGCUGGAAGUCAACCCGUCGAAUCGAGCAGCUCGUGGUCAAAUUUCCAAAUGCCAGAACAAAAUGAAGGAACAUCAAGCCCAGGAGAAAAUGAUCUAUGCUAACAUGUUCCAGAAAUUUGCAGAGCGUGACUCAAAGAAGGGGAAGACGAAGAGGAGGAGCAGCAUGAACGGUGAAAUGUGCAUUAAACGACGACGGAGGAGUCAGGACUGUGCUUCGUAACAGAAGAACAGAGGCAGAGAAAAGGUGGAAUAACAACCUCAAAUCUACAACCUCUUCAUCCCAAAUCCCGUGGACCACAUGUGCGCGAGCAAAGCAGAUGGCAAUUCUCUGUCUCUAGUACAGUAGAACAACCAGAUCGUUCCCCCGUGGAGGUCGAACGACAACGUGACUUUGUGUAGAUCGGUGAAUAGGUUUCACCCAUUUUUAUUGGAAAAAGCAGUUUAAAUUCAAAACACUGAGAAUCUCUUCCUUUGGUUUUCUAUAUAUAUUUAUAUAUAUAUAUAUACACACACACACACACACACACACACACACACACACACACACACACACACACACACACACACACACACACACACAUAUAUAUAUAUAUAUAUAUAUAUAUGUGUGUGUGUGUGUGUGUGUGUGUGUGUGUGUGUGUGUGUGUGUGUGUGUGUGUGUAUGUAUACACACACACACACACACACAUAUAUAUAUAUAUAUAUGUGUAUGUGUGUGUGUGCAUAUGUAUUUGGCUACUGUGUUAAUAUGUGCCUUCAUACUUUGUUUUCAAGUUGACAUUUGCUGGUUUUCAGACCUCUGAUUUGGUAUUGAGCCUUUUAUAAGGCAGCUGCUUGCGCAUAUCAUGUUGGGAAUCAGACUUGAAACUUUGCAAAAUUAUUAUUUUUUUAAGAUGUGCAAUAUGGAUUUUGGAUAAAAGGAGUAAACUAUUAGCUCAGUGGUCUAUGUAUGUGUGUGUAUAUAUAUGUGUAAAUAUAUAUAUACAUAUACAUACACACACAUAUAUAUAUAUAUAUAUAUAUAUAUAUAUAUAUAUAUAUAUAUAUAUAUAUUUAUAUAUACAUAGACACACACAAUUUCAUAAGGCAACAGGAGCAGUCUCAAAAAAGCACAAAGUACAGAAGCCAAAAUUGUAAAGUAACGUCAAACGUUAAAAACUUGCAAAUCCAUGAUUGACUGUAAAACGCGACAGUAGUUGUACUGAAAUUAAUCCUUUGAAGUAAUUACUUCCAGGACCAUGUUGCAAAUGGAGCACUUUGUUUUCCUAAGAAUUUAUUUGACAAUGGUCAUGCACUAAAAUUAGGAAUACCUAACUCAUUCAUGCUGAAACGUGUCUAUUUUAACCCAUCAGACAGUAUUACAGGGAAGCCAGUCUGGGACUGUUGUUGAUCAAACAAAAAAUGAUAAGCAUUUGUGUUAAUUAACAGAUGAGCUAUGAAAAAUUAUUACAUUUCAAUCGUUUGGCAGCUGCAAAAACCUUGACGCAACAAAAGCUGCAAAAACCUUGACACAACAAAAGAAAACAUGACAGCAUAGACUAAAUGGAAUGGAAUGCAUCACUGUGAUGCAGUGGUUAGCAUCGUUUUUGUACGUUCUGGGUUUGACCUGGACUUUUUACGUAGAGUUUGUUUGGAUUUUAGCAGUUUUCUCCAGCAGCUUAAAGAUGUGCACAUCAGAAAAUGUGGUAACUUGGUAAAUUUAGCCGCGAAAAUAUGCGUAGAGAUAGUUUUUGCCUCCCAUCUUCUAUCAUCUGUGGUGGUACAAACAUGAGUCUCUCCACAUAAGUAGAGUCUAAAAGACAAAAUGAUUAUUGUUGCUUAAUGUAUGAAUGUUUACGCUUUGAAAGCUUUAAUGGAAUUUAGGGAUUGACGACUUUCACUUUCAUUUUUUUUAUAAAAUAAUGCCACUAUUAAAAAAUAUCACAGUUGACAGCAAUUCUAUUGGUCAAAGUCUUGUUCUAAUAAUAGAAACCACCUGAAAAAGAAAAAUCUCCUCUCGUUCUGCAUUUGACAGAGCUAGUUCUUGACUGCAUGUUGGAGAGGGACUUAUGAAUGGUGGUUAUGCUUUAGCAGAAUAGUCUGGAUAUUUUGAAGUGGUAUUCUGGAGGGGACACCUAUGGAUAAUUAAUAUUCUACCUGUUGCAGAAAGCUCUUUGAGUAGUUGCAAUUUGGAUAAUUUAAUUCUACCAAGAUGCAAAGCUGUUGAUUACAGUCAGGAUUGGAACACUAAGCAAUAGAUUUGCAGUGGUCGUUAGUAGGAAUUAAUGCCUUGCAGGCUGUAUUCAGGGCACAAAAAAGCCCACAAACCCCUGGCUCAGCAGGGACAAGUCUACAACAUAACAGGAGAACUUAACACUGCAGGACUUUGCUAAUGCUAACGGUUAGCUUAAUCUAGCUGAGACAUCCUCUGUUGAUUACCGGACGUUAAAACAACAACAGCCUUUCCCAUCGUGAAUAAAGUUUGGUGAGUCCAUGAAAGAUAAGUGACAAUGUGACAUAGAUCUGUGAGGAUUUUCAAAUCCUAGAGUUUCACCAUAUUUUCUAUCAGAAGCAAAGGUGUAGGUGAUAGGGGUAGGAGACUAUUUUCAUGUUCAGCCUGCAUGAAAAACUCACAGUGGCCGAUUAUUAUCAGAAAAACAUUUAAAAAUGUUUUUUCAGUCAACCAUACUUUUAAAACAACUCUUAUCUUAGAACAGUAAUUUAUAUUUAAUUAAAUAGCAGCAGCUCUAAUAUAUUUUAAUUGAGUUUAAAACUGAAAAGUAUGUAAAAGUGUAGAAACAAGCAUAAACUAUGAUUUUUAUAGAUCAAUGAUGUUUAAAGAUGGCUGCAAUCCACUGAUACUAGCGCUAUUGUAACUAGCUGUUAGCUCAUCAAUCCCAUCCCUACUAAUCUGCUUUUCUAACUUGGGAUCACCCAAAGAGCAAUCAAUAACAGAUUGAAUAUUAAUCAAGAGUAAUUUACCUACAAAACAUCACUUCAAAGCUCCGAACUGUUACUCUAAACCCACCAUUCAUUAAUAUCCAGCUUUGCUAUUGUGAUCAGCUAUAUAAUCAUGCCUCAGUCCUGAAACAAAUGUAUCUUUACUUCACUAUGAAUCCUUUUUUUCCCUUUUUUUUUUAAACAAGUGUGUGUGUUUGUGAAAAAACAAAAUUGCACUUUGGUGACUGUCGAACCAACACUGUCAUCUUUGUAUGUAAUGUCCAGACAAAGUCUGGACAAAAAACUGAAAAUGUUUUAUAAACAUUGGCUGGUUCAGAAAGAAAACCUUAGCUGUCUUAAAUAUUUUGUGUAAGAACAAAACAAAACAAAAAAAAAGUGAAAAGUUGCAUUGACAACAUCGUGUUUGUGUGUUAGUAUAUAUUGUUUGUUGGUAAAGCUUUUUUAAUCAGCUUAUUGCUAAAUGUUUCAAGUGCUGCUGCCUUUGAAUAUUCUAAUAUUUUCUAUAGUGGAACAGAGCAUGAAGUACUUUUUUCUAGCCAUUUAAAAGUGUAUUUAACGAUUUACAGACUAUCUUACCCACCUGUCUUUAGCAACAAAAAGUAAAGUAGAAAAUUUCUUCUUAUAUAUUCAUCAUUUUGUUAAAUUUGCGAGAAAUUCCAGACGUAAGUAACACAAAAGAGUAGAAUAGCUGCAGCUGGAUAAACUGCAGUGUAUCUGAUGUCAGGUUUUUUUGUUGUUUGUUUUUGUCGCGCAUUAUGUUUACAUGUACUCAGAUGAUCAUUGUUCUGUAAGAAAUGAUCAAUGUUUUAAAGCUGCAUUUUAUGCAAAAGAAAUAUUUUCUGAAAAACAUUAAAUAUGAUAACUUUGA